AUGAGCGAGUUCACCGAAGCCAACCGCAAACACUUUGACAAAGUCGCCUCUAACCACCAAAAUGACUUCGGCGACCUCAUCAACAGCACCAUCACCGAACUCAAUACCCGCCGCAAAUGGAUCAGUUCUAAAUUAGCUGAUUCAGACCCAGCAGACGACGUCCGUCUGCUCGAUUAUGCCUGUGGCGCGGGGACAGUCUCCAAGGCUCUAGCGUCUUAUACAUCCUGUACAAUCGGCCUGGAUCUAUCCAAAAACAUGGUCGCGGAGUACAACAAAGCCGCGGAAGCAGGGCUUGGACCUGAUCGCAUGCAAGGGUACCAAUAUGACAUCCUCUCGCCGGACACAACAUCCCCUCCCGGCGGAUCGCUGGUGCCCUUUGACGUAGUAGUCACAAGCAUGGCAUUACACCACGUCGCCGAUCCAGACCAGCUACUGCAGGCGUUCAGUGAGCUGCUCAAGCCCGGCGGAGUGUGUGUUGUGGUUGAUAUGGUCCCGGGGUCUGCUUUUCAUGAGGGCAACGAGGAGAAGUUUGAUUCUGAUAUAUCAGAAGCCCUGCAGCCUGAACAACGGGAAGUGUUCAAUACGAUUGGGAAGCAUGGAUUUGACGAGGGGGAGACGAGGGCUUUGUAUGAGGGUGCCGGGAUAGGGACGGGAUUUGAGUAUGUAGUCUUUGACAAGCCAUUUCGGUUUACGAUGUUUGGUGAGAGGUUUGGGACGACGGGAUUUAUUGCGAGAGACGUGAAGGCUUGA